UUCCGUAUCUGACGUUGUGUCUUAAUAUAAACUCUGACCUGGAGGACGUUCCCAGACCGUGGGCUGACUUGUUCUCCGGUGUCACGGUUUGGAGCUCAGGAUGCACACGUUGGCGAUCCUUAGCUUUUCAUCAGUGGCUCUUGUAGCCUGUGUAAACGGUGCUAACCCCCCACCUUGUGACAGUGAAAUAUACUGCACUGGGCCCAUCCUGCACCAGGUACAGAAAGCUAAACUGUUUGAUGAUGACAAGUACUUUGUUGACAUGAAACUGAGGGAGACUCCAGACGUCGUUUUGUCAGCAUUUCGCAACCUGUCGAGUGCAUCGCCCGACUCGACUGUCCCACCUUCCAAACUGCAGGAGUUCAUCAGUACGUACUUUGAGAAACCAGGGACAGAGUUUGAGCCGUGGACACCACCAGACUGGCAUGACAAGCCCAAGUUCCUGGGAGGCAUAGCAGACGGAGAACUACGUACCUGGGCUGAAAAGAUCCAUCAUCUGUGGAAGUCUCUCGGCAGAAAGAUGGUCAGCGGCGUUAAAGAUCACCCGGAGCUCUACUCGCAGAUAUACAGCCCACAUCCUGUCGUCGUGCCGGGGGGGCGCUUCAGGGAACUCUACUAUUGGGACUCCUACUGGGUCAUCAAUGGGCUCCUGCUGUCAGAGAUGACAGACACGGCUCACGGGAUGAUUCAGAACUUCCUCGACCUUGUAAACAGAUAUGGCUUCAUCCCAAACGGUGGGCGGAUUUACUAUGAAAGGCGCAGUCAGCCUCCAUUCCUCACCGCAAUGGUGGAGAGCUACUAUCAAGCAACCAAGGAUAAAGAGUUCCUCAGAGCAGCGUUGCCAUCUCUGGAGCAGGAGUACCGAUUCUGGAUGCAGAACCGUUCUGUGGCUGUGGAAGUAAACGGGACGGAGCAUGUACUGAACCGGUACCAUGUGCAGGUGGGCUUGCCCAGACCUGAAUCCUACACAGAUGACCUGGAAUUAGCUGAAGGAUUAACGGAUGACCGUAAGGAGCAGCUGUGGAUGGAUCUGAAAGCGGGUGCGGAGUCUGGGUGGGACUUCACAUCCCGCUGGUAUAUGGACGGUGACGGCCACAAGAACGGCACCCUCAGGGAGACCCGUACCAGCCAGAUCCUGCCGGCUGACCUCAACGCUCUCCUGUGCUUAAACGAGAAGACUCUCGCUUCAUUUCACAGGAUACUAGGCGACCUUGAUGCUGCUGCCCUGUAUGAGCAGACUGCAGCCCGCAGACUGGAGGCCAUAGAGUCUGUGCUGUGGGAUGCUGAGAGGGGAUCCUGGUUCGACUACAACCUGGUGACGGACUCCAAACACUUUGAGUUUUAUCCCUCCAACCUGGCACCUGUCUGGGCACAGUGCUAUUCUCGGCCUGAGAUGGCAGAGAAGGCAGUACAGUAUCUGAAGGGGAGCGGUGCUCUCCAGUUCCCCAACGGAGUCCCAACGUCGCUGGGAGACUCUGGGCAGCAGUGGGACUACCCCAACGCCUGGCCUCCUCUGCAACACAUGCUCAUCCAUGGUUUGUCCAAACUUCCUUCAGAGGAUGCAAGAGAACUAGCCUUUGAUUUGGCCCAGCGUUGGAUCAAGACAAACUGGUUGGCAUACAUGAAAUAUGAAGCCAUGUUUGAGAAGUAUGAUGUCAACGGCGAUGGCAAACCUGGGGGUGGAGGAGAAUACCAAGUUCAGCUGGGUUUUGGCUGGACCAACGGUGUGGCCCUGCAGCUCCUGGACCAGUAUGGGCCCAGACUCGUCUCAGGUAGCAGUCGAGUGUCUCCCGGCCUCCUGCUGCCUCUGGUCCUCUCGGCCGCUCUCAGGCUUCAGUGAAUCACAGGUGACAGAAGAGCCUGACCGAAGAUUUUUAUUAAUCCUGGUUUCACUGCACUACAUCGCUCCUGUCCAUAGGCCUGUAACGAUUAUUACAAAAUACUCUAGUUGUCAAUUGAUUUACAUAAUCGUCUUUGUUAUACUGCGAUUAAUUGCUAACAUUAGCUAAGGUCUUAAGGCAUAUGAUUGGUAAUUGUUGAUUUUGUUUAGAUAUGCUAAAGUAUAAUUAUAUAAGUGAUUAUUGGUUGGA